ACUGUAUUCAAUCUUGGAGAAACAGUUCAAGAGCUUGAAAGUGUUGUUAACAUUGUGUCCAAAAACAAGAACACAAUUUUUACUCACCGUAAUCUUUUAUAAUUUAACUAUAUAAUAAGUACCUAAUAUCUUAACAGUAAUUACAUUUAUAAUGUCAUUUAAACGUGUAUGUGAUGGAUCAGGCAGCGAUUUACUCAAAAGUCUUGAGUCGCAAAGGAUUAGGGAAUUACUUGGAAUUCAAAUACCAGAUGGUGAAGCUAAAUUGUUGUCUAAUGGAAAAUUAACUUGUAUGAUUUGUAUUCAAAGACCAAUUUUUGAUACUAUUAAUGUGCUCUCAAUUCAUAGAAAAGGAAAAAAACAUUUAAAUGAACUUAGUAAAUAUUUGGAAAGAAAAGAAGAAUUAGAGUUAAUAAAGAUUAAGCAACAACAAAAAAAUUGCAUUCGAACAUUUGGUGCCUCAAAACUUUAUACUAGUUCUACAGAACGUAAAACAAAAUUGGAACUGCCAAAAGAUGCUAAUUCUAAAGAAUCUUCCAUUGUUUCACGUUAUGUAUCUUCGAUGAAAAAAAAAACAUCUUUACAARAUGUUAUAAACCGUGCAAGAAAACAUCCUUAUCAGCAACCAGUCUCUAAUUCACAUACUGCAGUGUCUAAAAAUAUUCCAGAAAUCAUUCAAUCUAUACAACCUUCCACUAAUAAAGAAAUUGAAAUUGGUUGGAUAAAAAAUUCUGAUGGAUCCUGGUCUAAGGAUCCACUAGCUGAAUUUGAUUCUGAUGAUGACUGGUAAGCAUUAAUUAAGAUUGCCUAUUAACAAUUUUUAAAUAAUAAAAUAUAUUGCUCGAAAUUAGAAAUAGUGUCAGUCUAAAAUUAAUAGA